UUAACCUAAGCUAAAGAGGAAAAAAUACCAUAUUAAUAGUACUGCUACUGCUGAGAAUCUUAGAUAAAAGGACACACUCACUCUUCCAACUCUCUUUACCUUUGUGUUCCUCAAAAACAGAGUACACACUUCACUCACGUAUCAGAAAACUUUACUAAGAGAAAAAUAAAAGAGUAUUUCUUUAGCGUGAAAAUGGCUUGGAGCUCCACAAGAGUGAAAUGGGUCUUCAAGUUCAUGCCUCUAAUCCUACUCCAUUUGGUUCUCACAACCACUGCAGAAGAUGGGUUAGUUGCAAAUGGAGAUUUUGAGGUAAGUCCAUCAAAUGGGUUCCCUAAUGAAGCAAUAAUAGAAGGACCAAGUGAAGUCCCAAACUGGAAAUCAAACGGCACAGUUGAGCUAGUAGAAUCAGGGCAAAAACAAGGUGGAAUGAUCCUCAUAGUACCACAAGGUAGACAUGCAAUAAGACUAGGUAACGACGCAGAAAUAAGCCAAGAAAUACCGGUAGAAAAAGGUUCAAUUUAUUCUGUCACAUUUUGCGCGGCUCGCACGUGUGCACAACUUGAGCAACUUAAUGUGUCCGUGGCAUCUGCAUCACAGACAAUAGAUUUGCAGACAUUGUAUAAUGUUCAAGGUUGGAACCCUUACGCGGUUUCUUUUAAUGCUGAUGAGGAUAUGUUUAGGUUGGUGUUUAAGAACCCUGGUAUGGAGGAUGACCCUACUUGUGGACCCAUUAUUGAUAACAUUGCUAUUAAGAAGCUUUUCACUCCUGAUAAGCCCAAAGACAAUGCAGUAAUCAAUGGCGAUUUUGAAGAAGGUCCGUGGAUGUUUCGUAAUACUUCGAUGGGUGUCCUACUUCCAACAAACCUAGACGGAGAAACUUCAUCCCUACCCGGUUGGAUAGUCGAAUCAAACCGAGCCGUUCGCUUCAUUGAUUCCGAUCAUUAUGCAGUUCCAGGAGGAAGGAGAGCCAUUGAACUUCUUUCAGGAAAAGAAGGCAUCAUAUCCCAAAUGGUUGAAACCAAAGCUGACAAACCAUAUACCUUAACAUUUUCAUUAGGUCAUGCUGAUGAUAAAUGUAAGGAACCUCUUGCUGUUAUGGCCUUUGCUGGUGACCAAACUCAAAACAUUCAUUACACACCAAAUUCAAAUUCUACAUUCCAAAUUUCUAACCUCAAUUUCACUGCCAAGGCUGAAAUGACUAGAAUUGCAUUCUAUAGUGUUUACUACAAUACUAGAAGUGAUGAUAUGAGUUCUCUAUGUGGGCCUGUUGUAGAUGAUGUCAGGGUUUGGUUUGCUGGGUCCAAUCGGCUUCAUGGGCUGGGCUUUGUAAGACUUGGACUUGGGAUUUUGGGUCUAGUUUUGUUUCUUGUUUAAAGGGGUUUCAUUAUGUUUUAAUUUAUUUAAAUGUUAUUAGUAAGCUUAAUAGGCUCUUUUCAAUUGGGGGGUGUAGGUGAAGUCACAUUCUCCAAAAUUGUUGUAUUGCGAACUCCCUUUUAAGUUUAUAUAGUUUAUGAUGAUGUAUUAAAAAUGAGAAUGAAAAUGUGUAGUUGUAAUGUGUCAUUCAUGCUUCUUAGUGGGUAAGGACUCUUUUCUCUUUCA